UUGCAGUCAAGAACGUUGACUUCUUCCUCCCCUCUCCUAGUCGUCGUCUUUUCUUCUUCUUCUUCUUCCAACUUUUAUUUCCGAAUUCAUAUCAAAAGACCCUUUCAUAUAGAUUUUUCUUUCAGUUCCUCAAUCCAGUUUUGUAAUCUAACUCCUUCGCUUCGCUAUCCUGAGAAAAAAAUUGUUUAUGUACUCAAAAGAUCUCAAAGUGGAGAAGCCACGUGGGUGUUUUCCUCUCCUCGGGAGAAUGAAGAAGUGCUUCUUAUUCGCCCCUCGGGGAGACAACAAGAGAGACGAACAGAGAAGCCCUAAACCUCUCUCACCCCUCUCCGACCACCGUUCUGGCUUCACCAAUAACGGUUCUACUAACGGCUCUGGAACCAGCAUGGUUUCAUCAUCCACUGGGAGGACCUCCUUGCCCGUUAGAGAAAACAACCUCAGAGAGUUCACCAUCGCCGAUCUCAAAUCCGCCACCAAGAACUUCAGCCGCUCCGUUAUGAUAGGCGAAGGCGGGUUCGGCUGCGUCUACUGGGGAACCAUCAAGAGCUCGCAAGACCCUUCCAAGAAAAUCGAAGUCGCGGUGAAACAGCUCGGCAAGAGAGGGCUGCAGGGUCAUAAGGAGUGGGUGACGGAAGUGAACUUUCUUGGGGUGGUGGAGCAUCCAAACUUGGUGAAGCUCUUGGGUCAUUGCGCAGAAGACGACGAACGUGGGAUCCAGAGGCUUUUGGUUUAUGAAUACAUGCCAAACCAAAGCGUCGAGUUUCAUUUAGCUCCUCGUUCGCCGACUGUGCUUACUUGGGACCUCAGGUUGAGAAUAGCGCAAGACGCCGCUCGGGGUUUAACAUACCUCCACGAAGAAAUGGACUUCCAAAUAAUAUUUCGAGAUUUCAAGUCCUCCAACAUUCUACUAGACGAGGAUUGGAAAGCAAAGCUUUCGGAUUUCGGGUUGGCUCGGUUAGGUCCUGAACCAGGAUCAACUCAUGUCUCUACUGGUGUGGUAGGAACAAUGGGCUACGCAGCUCCAGAAUACAUCCAGACAGGUCGUCUGACAUCGAAAAGCGACGUGUGGGGUUACGGAGUUUUCAUCUACGAGCUCAUUACAGGAAGGAGGCCACUAGACAAGAACAGGCCUAAAGGAGAGCAGAAGCUUCUUGAAUGGGUGAGACCUUACUUAAGCGACACAAAGAAGUUUAGGCUCAUUAUAGACCCGAGGCUUGAAGGCAAAUACUUGAUCAAACCGGUUCAGAGACUAGCUGUCGUAGCCAACCUCUGCCUUGCUAGGAACCCAAAGGCACGUCCGAAGAUGAGUGAGGUGUUGGAGAUGGUGACGAAGAUUGUGGAAACUUCUUCGCCUAGGAGUGGUGGCAAGAAGCAGCUGCUUCCACUCAGGAGUCUAUCUAGAGAUGAGGAAGAGAAGAAUAAGAAGUUUGUUGUUGAUGGUGGAGAAGGUGGUUGGUUGGAAAAGUUAUGGAACCCAAAGAAUGUGAGAGCUUGUUGAUUAGGAUACAAGUACACACUACUACAGCCUUUGCUUAUCUUCUGUAAUUCAACAAAUUCAAAUAUUUUUUAUUUCUGGUUUGUUAAUUUUAUAUUUGUAACUUAAAAGUGGUUGUGCUGUUUCCAUAAUGAGCAUAUAAUAAACAAAUUAAUGUA